GGGAAACGUGGCUAGCGUUGGAUAGAGGGCGCGUUACCGGAAGUAAAUAUUUAUCAAGACCAAAGGGAAAAAAAACCUGAAACAUGCAUGGUUUUGAUAGAAAUGAAGCUGGAAAACUGUUUGUUGGAGGCCUUAGCUGGGAUACAACUAAAGACAGUUUGCUGGAGUAUUUCACUCAAUAUGGAGAAGUGAUUGACUGUGUUGUCAUGAAGAAUCCUGAGACAGGAAAAUCUCGUGGAUUUGGUUUUGUCACAUACAGGGACACUUCCUGCGUAGAUACUGUGCUAUCAGUGCCAGCACAUAUUGUUGAUGGGAGACAGGUUGACCCGAAAGCUUGUAACCCAAAGGGUUCCAAUCGUGGAGGAGGUGGUCCAAUGGGUGGUGAUCACAACAGAAUGAAUAGGGGGCCAAGAGGAGGUGGAGGACCACAAGGAGACAGGAAGAUAUUUCUUGGUGGUUUACCAAAUGGAGUUGAUGAAGAGGCCAUCAGAAACUUCUUUGGUCAGUAUGGAAAGGUUUUAGAUGUGACAGUAAUGUACGAUGCCCAGAAACAGAGAUCUAGAGGCUUUGGAUUCCUCACUUUCGAAUCAGACGACGCUGUCAAUCAAGUUUGCCGAGAACAUUUUGUAAACUUCAACGGCAAAAAGGUUGAAUGUAAAAGGGCCACACCUCGUAACCAAGGCAACCAGGGAAAUGAGGAGCCGCCGCCCCACCAGAUACACGUGUCCCAUCCCGGGGGUAUGCCUCACUUGGAGUUAGGCAUGCAACCUCCACAACAUGCACCAGGGCCAAUGCCCGGUCCUGAACCCCAGUGGACAUCUCCUGAAGGUUGGAACCCUCAUGUGCAGCAGUCACCACCGCCCCCUCCCCAAGUAGGUGUGCCACCUCAGUUCCAACAAGCCACUGUACAGUUCCAGCCUGGGUACCAGGGUGAGGUUCCUGCUGGGGCUCCACCAGGCUGGCCACAGCAACCACCCCCACAAGGUGCAGGAGGUUGGCCCCCAGGAGCUCCGCCCCCACAGCCUGGAGUUGCACCUGGAUCAGCACAAUUCAUACCCCAACAACCUUCAGCCACUCAGAGCUUUGCGAGUGCUCAAGGUACUCCAGGAGCCCCAGUGUACCAGUAUGCGGCAGCACCAUCAGCGCAGCAGCCACCGCAGGCCAAUGGUCAAGGGUUACCCCAGGUGGCUGCAGUAGGUCAGCCUGCCCCGGCACCAAGCAGUUAUGGUUACACAACAACCACAUACGCUGCUCCAAAUGUAGCUCUUCCACAGAGUGCAGCGUCUAUAACUGCCAGACAGUAUCAGGAUUUUGGAGGCACACAACAGGUUCAGAUAGCAACAACAAUGGCUCCAUUACAAGGUACACCUGCCCCUACUUCCACAGCAGUCUCUUAUUCUGCCUACCCUAGUCCCUAUGGUGCUCCAUUACCCGCUGGGGCAGCCCCUACAGUUGCAGCAUCAGACCCCUAUGCUCAGACCGCCCUGGCACACCAACAGGGAGCAGUUCAGGUGGCAGCCCCAGCAGUAGCACCUCCCGCCGGACAGCCAGCUGGAGUCCCAGCAGGAUAUGGGAGCCCUCUUGCACAGUCACCAGUGGCAGCUGGGUCAGGGGAUCCUGCAGCACCAAAGGCAGUGGAUUACUCAAGCUACUACAGCGCUUAUGGUUAUGCUGUAGAGACAAGUCCUAGUGCAGCAGUGACAGCAGCAUAUGGAGCGCAGCCUGCCCCCGCACAAGCCCCGGCACCAGCCCAAGCCCCUUAUGCUUCACAGGAUGUGCCCCAGGCAGUCGCAUAUGGUGGAGCCCCAGCUCCGUCCCCUACUUUUCAGAGACAGAGCUCAGGACAGCAGUUCCAUCCUUAUGCACGGAGGUAGUGCACGAGUGACAAAAAAUACUUGUAAAUAGACUCUGAUACCAUAAUAUGAUAUGGUUGUUGGAUUUAAUGCCAUAUACUGUGUGGUAAAAGGAUUUUAAUACCAUAUACCACAUAGUCAGUGGAUUUUAAUGCCAUGUGCUGCAUGGUUAAUGGAUUUUAAUGCCGUAUACUUAAUGGUAUUUUGACUUAAUGCCAUUUAGUUGCUGGAUUUUAAUGCUGUAUUCCCAGAAUGGUUGAUAGAUCUAAUGCCAUAUACUGUAUGGUUAGUGAACUUAAUGCCAUAUACUGUACAAUUAAUGGAUACAAAUGCCAUUUACUACAUGGUUAUUGGAUUUUAUAAUGAGGCAAAAGAAGGAAGAGGGAUUUUUUUGCAUGAACUGACUAUUUAGCUAGUCAGAAAGGUUGAAAUCAAUUGUACAAAUAAUGACCAAUGUGUUUUAUGUGGUUAUACAUGCAGAUGUUACGGUAUAUAUGGUUAUAUCCGGUAUAUGGUUAUAUCCUAAGUGGGAUCAAGUUGAAGAGGUAGUACUGCUGUAAAGAGUCAGCAGGCCAGGUUGGUACAUAAGCAAUAUCAUGAUGCUCUCAUGUUCAACCCGAGUUGAGGCAUGGAUACAGCAUGGGACGGCAGAAUGAUGAAACCUUAUAUUUGCAUUCUACAGAAAGUAGUUCUGUCUGCAGUAGGUUUCAUUCAUUGAAAGUCUGCAUCAAAAUGUUCUCAUUGGAUUUUACUUUACAGUGCUUUACAACUUUAUCAUCAGUUUUCAUAUUUCACAGUCAUCAUUGUUCAUUUACAUUGUGUUAAUAUUUUCACAAAUUUUAUUACAUGUUUUCCAUUGAAUUAUUGAAAUAAGUGAGUGAAAAAUAUCUGAUAAUUUCACAGUGUAAAUAAAUGUCAGAUAUAUUAUUCACUGAUACAUAAUGAAAAUGGAAGAAAUGGUGUAAACCAUUGUAAAAAACAUGAUAUGAAAAAAUGCAAAUAUGGUUAAGAUUUAGGCACAUUUCCUUACACUGUUUCCAAAGGUUGAGAUUUAACUUCAUUUAUGUUGACUGAUAGAUAUAUUUUUUAAUUUUCAUUUUGUUGUCUAACCUUAAGUUUGUGCUGUUGUUAGAACAUAUUUUUGUCAAACACUUCACUUGGGCCAAUUAUGUUUGGUUUAACUAGUCUCACCUUAUUAACGGGAAGAAUUCAUUGUAUUAUAAAUUCCAGUUUGUAUUUGUUCUGUGUACUAUCACUGAAUGUAAGUAAAUAAAAACAGUAGAACAG